AUGAUUCUUGCACGUCACACAGUCCUUGCUCUGAGGGGCGCGCGACCCGUUGGCCGUGGGCUCUCUACUCGAGCGUCGGAUAUCUUGACUUCGCUUGGAAUUUCAUCCACAACAGAGGUGUCGGGAGUUUAUGACGGAAAAUGGGGAGGGUCGGGUGAACUGAUGCAGAGUGUCUGCCCGACUACUGGUGAAGUUCUGGCUCGAGUAAAGACAGCUACGCCUCAAGAAUUGCACGAGGCCCUUGAGAAGACGAGAGAGGCGUAUGUCUUCUUCCGAAACAUCCCCGCUCCCCGCAGGGGAGAGCUGUUGCGCCAGAUUCGCGAAGCUUUAGGAGCUAAGCGAGAAGAACUAGGUGCACUUGUAUCUCUCGAGAUGGGGAAGAUAAGGACGGAAGGAGUAGGCGAAGUCCAGGAGUUUGUUGACAUUUGCGACUAUGCCGUGGGUUUGUCUAGAAUGAUGAAUGGCAGAGUGGUCGCCUCGGAACGACCGGGGCACUCCAUUUUAGAAGUGCCUAACCCUUUGGGCGUUGUCGCUGUUCUGUCGGCCUUCAACUUCCCGGUGGCGGUUUAUGGCUGGAAUUUGGCACUUUCAAUGGCGGCUGGGAACGCUACGAUUUGGAAACCGUCUCCCACCACACCAUUGUGCUCCAUUGCCGUCACAAGGAUUGUUUCGGGAGUGCUGGAGCGGAAUGGCAUACCUGGUGCAGUCGCCGGGCUUGUAACGGGUGGAAAGGACGUCGGGUCGGCUGUAGUAGAGAGCAAAGACGUUGACCUGGUGUCGUUCACCGGAAGUGAGCACGUUGGCAGAAUUGUCGGGAAGACCGUAAUGUCAAGGUUUGGCAAGGUCAUUCUUGAGUUGGGUGGCAACAAUGCGUCCGUCAUAAUGCCGGAUGCCGACCUCAACCUUGCGGUCCCUGCCGUCUUCUUUGGCGCAGUCGGCACUGCUGGACAGAGAUGUACGUCGACACGACGGCUCUACCUUCACCGCCAAAUUGCGGAUGAAUUCAUGGGGCGUCUCAAGAAACUCUAUGCUUCGGUUGUGCCGGGUGAUCCCCUCGACUCUGCUACUCUCUUGGGGCCCAUGCACACGAAAGAUGCAGUUGGCAUAUACCACAACGCUAUCAAACACCUCAAAGAGAUUGAUGCCGAAAUCGUGACCGGUGGCAAGAGCUAUGAGCAGUCUCCGCUUGACGCAGGAAACUUCGUCCAACCGACCAUAGCGAUACCCAAGUCUGCUAAUCCAACCGAUCAAAUCUGGAGUACGGAGACGUUUGCACCGAUUCUGAACGCAGCUGUAUUUGAUGAUCUCGAGGAGGCCAUCGGGUGGAACAAUGCAGUGCCACAAGGACUCUCAAGUAGCAUUUGGACACGCGACUUGAGAAAUGUGGGGAAGUGGAUCGGACCCUCGGGAUCUGACGCUGGAAUUGUCAAUGUAAAUGUGGGUACCAGUGGCGCCGAGAUCGGUGCAGCGUUUGGAGGCAACAAGAGCACUGGAUGGGGGCGUGAGUCUGGCGGUGAUGCAUGGAAAGAAUACGUACGCUGGAGCGCCUGCACAAUCAAUUUCUCCGACGCCGCUCCCUUGGCGCAAGGAGUCAGCUUUGCUACAUGA